CAGUAAGUGGUGCUUUUACUUUGUUGGUUUCCUUUGCUGCGGUGUGCUAGCUGGAUGAUGCGAGCAGCAGCGGGAGCAGAGGGGACUUUGGCAGGAUAGUUUCCCUCCUCACAUGGCCGCAGUGUCGGUGAAAUGUCCCUUUGUGUGGCUGCUGCUGGGGCUCUGCGUCCGGCCGUCAGACACCACAAACACCCGGGUCUCUAUGAACGAUGACGUCCUGCUGCCGUACGCCCACGGCCACGGCCCCUCCCACUCUCACCGCCACGUCAGAGACUGUCAGUCCGUCCGUCAUGGCAACAGCACCCACGAGAGCUGGCCCUCCAGUGACCACAGCCGGCUGCCGGACUCCACGGUGUUCGUAUCGGACGUCCCCGGGCGCUCCACGUGGGUUUACGGUCGGUGACGGACACUUUAAACCGAUUGGAGUCCAAUCCU